UUCCGGGCGUGAGGUGUAUAAAAAGGCUGAGGCUCGGUGGUCUAACCAGGCGUUACAGCUCAGCUGGUUAUAACGACUCUACAGGUCUUUGCAAAGUUCACUCAGGAGGACAUUUCCCCACAAACACAGAUCCAACCAUGAUGAAGACAAAGGAAGCCGGCUCUUCCAUUAUGCAGACCCAGCAGCUCCACGCUGCCAUGGCCGACACUUUCAUCGAGCACAUGUGUCUGCUCAACAUCGACUCCGAACCCGCUGUCUCUCGCAACACUGGCAUCGUCUGCACCAUUGGACCUGCCAGCAGGUCUGUGGAGAAACUGAAGGAAAUGAUCAAGUCUGGGAUGAACAUUGCAAGAAUGAACUUCUCUCAUGGCACACAUGAGUACCACGCCGAGACCAUCAAGAAUGUCCGCGACGCAGCUGAGAGCUUUGGACAAGGGUCUGUGGACUACAGACCAAUCGCCAUUGCUCUUGACACCAAGGGACCAGAAAUCAGGACUGGACUUAUCAAGGGUAGCGGCACCGCUGAGGUUGAGUUGAAGAAGGGGCAAACCAUCAAGCUGACACUCAGUGACCAGUACAAGGACAACUGUGAUGAAAAAGUCUUGUGGCUCGACUACAAGAACAUCACCAAAGUCGUGGAGAUUGGAAGCCAUAUCUUUGUUGACGACGGUCUGAUUUCCCUGAAGGUCAAAGAAGUUGGUAGCGACUACUUGAUGUGCGAGAUCGAGAACGGCGGUAUGCUGGGCAGCAAGAAGGGUGUCAACCUGCCUGGAGCUGCCGUCGACCUCCCCGCCGUGUCUGAGAAGGACGUUCAGGACCUGCAGUUUGGUGUGGAGCAGGGUGUUGACAUGGUCUUCGCCUCUUUCAUUCGCAAGGCCGCCGACGUUCAUGCUGUCAGGAAGGUGCUGGGCGAGAAGGGCAAGGACAUCAAGAUCAUUAGCAAGCUGGAGAACCACGAGGGCGUCCGCAGGUUUGAUGAGAUCUUGGAGGCCAGUGAUGGCAUCAUGGUUGCCCGCGGUGACCUGGGCAUUGAAAUCCCAACAGAGAAGGUCUUCAUUGCCCAGAAGAUGAUGACUGGCAGAUGCAACAGGAUUGGCAAGCCAAUCAUCUGUGCCACACAGAUGCUGGAGAGCAUGACCAAGAAGCCCCGCCCGACCCGCGCUGAGGCCAGCGAUGUUGCCAACGCUGUGCUGGACGGCAAUGACUGCAUCAUGCUGAGUGGUGAGACCGCUAAGGGAGACUACCCUCUGGAGGCUGUGCGCACACAGCACAUGAUUGCCCGUGAGGCUGAGGCAGCCAUGUUCCACAGGCAAAUGUUCGAGGAGCUGCGUCGCACCACCCAUCUGACUCGUGACCCCACAGAGUCCAUCGCUAUUGGAACCGUCGAGGCCUCCUUCAAGUGCUGCGCCAGCGCCAUCAUUGUCCUCACCAAGACUGGCAGGUCUGCUCACAUGCUGUCCAAGUACAGACCCCGUGCCCCCAUCAUCGCUGUCACCCGUAGCGGCCAGGCUGCACGCCAGGCUCACCUGUACCGUGGCAUCUACCCUGUCCUCUACACCAAGCCCGCCUGUGACGUCUGGGCUGAGGAUGUUGACCUCCGUGUGAACUUUGCCCUGGAAGUUGGCAAACACCGCAACUUCCUCAAGCCCGGUGACAUGGCCCUGGUUGUGACCGGCUGGCGCCCAGGUUCUGGUUACACCAACACCAUGAGAGUUGUCCUGGUUCCUUGAACGUCUUCUAAGGACACCAGUCUCCACUCCAGCUUUUUUGUAACCUGCAACCCCUUAAGAAGACUUCAGUAGUCUGCUGGUUAUUUUUAAUCAUCAGGAAGUCGAAAGUAACACCAUUCUUUUUUUGUAUGUUGUCGUCCAUCGACAGUAACACCAUGAUUCCUGUCAAAACACAAUACGUGCAAUUUAUUGUCUAAUUCCUGUUGCCAGGACUGAACUCAAAACCUUUCAGUGGAAAUCCCUCUGUCACACUCUUGCCCUGCACACACUUGGUUUUGUGUUUUUUUCUGGAACCAUGAACAAAAGUGAAAAGUGGAUCGUUAAUCUUUUUGUUCUGACCUGGCAUCCAUCAUUAAAGGUUUCCUUGGGUCAAUAA